AUGAAGCCCUGGCUGCUCGUCGGUCUCUUGGCUAUAUGGACAGACCUGGGCUCCAGUAAACAGGAGGACGAGGACUAUGAAGAUGUCCCCAUUAACAAGACGUGGGUGUUAUCUCCUAAAGUCUAUGAGAGCGAUGUCACUCUGAUCCUCAAUAAACUGCUGCUAGGCUAUGACAACAAGCUGAGGCCCGAUAUCGGAGUGAGGCCCACGGUGAUUGAAACAGCGGUGUACGUGAACAGCAUUGGGCCUGUGGACCCCAUCAACAUGGAGUACACCAUCGACAUCUUCUUCGCACAGACGUGGUACGACAGCCGCCUCAAGUUCAACAGCAGCAUGAAGCAGCUGAUGCUCAACAGUAACAUGGUUGGAAAGAUCUGGAUCCCGGACACUUUCUUUAGGAACUCGCGCAAGUCGGAUGCUCACUGGAUCACCACCCCCAACCGCCUGCUGCGCCUGUGGAGCAACGGCCGCGUCAUGUACACGCUGAGGUUGACUAUAAAUGCUGAAUGCUACCUUAAGCUGCAUAACUUUCCAAUGGAUGAGCACUCGUGUCCACUGGAGUUUUCAAGCUACGGAUACCCUCGCAACGAGAUCAUGUACCGGUGGCAGAAGCGUGCGGUGGAGGUGGCCGACCAGCGCUACUGGAGGCUCUACCAGUUCGCCUUUGUGGGACUGAGAAACACUACAGACGUGGCUCACACUCAGUCAGGUGAAUACGUCAUCAUGACCAUCUUCUUCGACCUGAGCCGGAGGAUGGGAUACUUCACCAUCCAGACCUACAUCCCCUGCAGUAUGAUCGUGGUUCUGUCCUGGGUUUCCUUCUGGAUCAACAAAGACGCAGUCCCCGCCCGUACCUCGCUGGGCAUCACCACGGUGCUCACCAUGACCACACUCAGCACCAUCUCCAGGAAGUCGCUGCCGAAGGUCUCGUACGUGACGGCCAUGGACCUGUUUGUAUCUGUGUGCUUCAUCUUCACCUUCGCCGCGCUCAUGGAGUACGGCACGCUGCACUACUUCACCAGCAACCGGCAGAACAAGAAGGCCAAAGCCAACAACGCCGCACAGAAGAGCUCCAGCCUGAUGAACAUCCGACCGGGAACGUCGCUGCUGCAGAUGAACAACAUCCUCCAGUACCACGAGGAGGACGACUUCGCCUACGACUGUCUGGACGGGAAGGACUGCGCCAGCUUCUUCUGCUGCUUCGACGACUGCCGCUCGGGCCGGUGGCGAGAGAACCGGAUGCAUGUGAGGGUGUCCAAGAUAGAUUCCUACGCCCGCAUCUUCUUCCCCACCGCCUUCGGGCUUUUUAACCUGGUGUACUGGAUCGGCUACUUGUAUCUAUAA